AUGGUUGACGACAUCUUCGUUCACAAAAUGCCUUUUCAUCAUACAUGGCUUAUUUGGUGGAACUUCCAAUACUUCGGAGAAACUAUGCUUGUGUGGACUAUCCUUUCUCUGACUACAUACGUUCCUUUUAAAGCUUUAGAAGUCUGGUCAAAGCUUCCAGCUUCAAGACAGCAGGUUCAAGCUCAAGGCUACUGCUUGCUUGCUGCUUAUACGGUUUACUUCGUGGCGUUCUUCUAUUUUCCUUUGAAGUUUCUGUUCAGUUGGGAACUGAAGUGCGCAUGUUCUUUCAUAAUUACUUGUGAAACUACUAGAAUUGCUAUGAAACUCCACUCCUUCAUAAGAGAGAAUUAUCCUAGAGUGGCAGAUGCAAAGAUGAAACUGAAUGAGCAUAAAGAAAAUGAGUUUGUUUUCCCAUCUAUUUCCCAGUUUGUAUACUUUCAAUUCUGUCCAUCAUUCUUGUAUAGAGACGAAUAUCCCAGAUCUGAAACGAGGAGUUGGAAAACUGUCGCUUUCUACUUCGCACAAUGUUUUUUGGUCAUCGAAUAUGUCAAUUUAGCUUUCACUCAAUAUGUACAGCCAUGGCUCAGUGAUUUGAAUAUGGAGUACAUCAGCAUUACUGAAGGGUUUCUGACUUUGUUCGCUGCUAUCCUACCUGGAAUCAUAUGCUUGUUAAGCUUGUUCUAUGGUUUACUUCACUGCUGGUUGAAUGCUUUCUCUGAGAUGAUGAUGUUCGCAGAUCGACAGUUCUACUUGAACUGGUGGUGCUCAGAUAAUAUGGCUGAAUAUUACCGAAAUUGGAAUUUGGUUGUUCACGACUGGUUGUAUGCAUAUGUAUAUAAAGAUGUAUCGAUGUUGAUUGGAGGAAGAAGAGGACUGAGGGUUGCGCAGAUGUGUGUCUUUUUCUUAUCUGCCAUUUUCCACGAGUAUUGGUUCGGAGUAGCUUUCCGUGUAUUCUAUCCCGUUAUGUUCAUGCUUUAUUUUGUUUUCGGCGGAACAUUCUUUUCUGUCUCACGAUUGAUCAAGAGCAAGGCAGCUUGGAAUACCGCCCUUUGGUUCAAUCUACUUAUUGGAACUGGUAUGUUUGUUGCUUUCUAUGGACAAGAGUGGUAUGCUCGAGAGACCUGUUUACCAUAUUCGGGAACUAUAUCAGACUUUAUGUUACCUCGUCAUUGGAUAUGUGAGUACGCAGAAUAG